CAAACGUAUUCCCAACGACGACUUCCGCUAAUCCUCUGCCAACCCCCAACCGGCAGAAUACCCCAGCACAUAUCUAGAGUCUGUCAACUUUGCUACCUGACUAGUUGCAUACCAUGUCAUAUCACCACCAACCAGCCGAGCCAGCCAACAAGUGGACGUCGGCCGCCGCUCAGGCAGCAGAGGGAAACUACCACCACAAUGGGCCGCUGACCACAGGGUACCGUUCCUGGGAAACUGUCGACGAAGAAGCUGAGGACUAUGACUCCACCGAGUGGCUUGACAGGAAGACGAAGAAGGUCCAGAACGACUCGCUCAUGAGCACACGACGUGCUGUAGAAAGACUGAACGAGUCAGAUAUUAUUGCAAGAGAGAACAUGGUCAAGCUCAGUGGCCAGUCUGAACAACUCUACAAAGCCGAAGGCCGCGUGGAGAGCGCCACAUCUCACGUCAAAGUAUCAUCCGCUAAAGCGGACCACCUGAAGUCGCUAAAUCGUUUCUUCAUGAUGCCAUCCUUUGGGUCUGGCAAAGCCAAAAAGCGGGAAGCCCUCGCCAGGAAAGAAGCAGAAGAGCGGGCCGCAAAUGAAGACGAACGAUUGCGAGGGGAUCGGGAGCGCUCAAAACGUUUGGGAAAGAUGGAACAGUUGCAAGAUCAUCAGAGCUACCGCGGUAGCUCCAAAGGGACAUACACGACCGCACAAGACAUUGAGAGGGACGAAGUCGAAGAGGAGAUUGAUGGGAAUCUAGAUCAAUUGUCAUCUGGGCUUUCGAGGUUGAAGAUGAUUGGGCAGCUGAUGAACGAGGAAUUGAGUGCACAGCGAGGUCAGGUGGAUCGGAUUCUGGACAAGUCCAACGUUGCGCAGGAGCGUCUGAACGUCACCACCCACAAGGUGCAGAGAUUGUUGGAUUAGGCUGAUGAAGGGGGUGCUGCGAUACCUGUGAGACAUACGCCUGCAGUCAUUGUUGUAGUACGCCGUUUUUGGAAUGUGUAUACUGUAUGUAGAAAAUGCAAUACUAUAGUCAUAUGAGAU